GGGGAAAGAUAUGGGAAGGCCUUUCACCGACCUGGUGAAGCGCUUCUUGGAGGCAAAGAAAACCAUUGACAAGGACAGAGUCCCAUUUUACCUUCCUAGCCCCUGGUGGGAUCGGGCUCUCGAAGAAGCUCCUAAACCUCUAUCGAAGAGAAACAGGUUCAUGUACAACUUCCUCACACUCACCAGAAAUGAGUUUAUUUGUAUUUUCUUGACACGUGCUAUGCAAUCAAUUGCACGGGAUGUAGUUUUGGGGAGCAAAGGAAUGGACAAAGUUAUAGAUUUCAUGCGCGAUACGCCCUAUCAGGUCGCCUUGAGCUCUGCCAGGGCCCUGUCGAGCAUGCGCGAGAAACCGCCAAUGCGUUGCCAGACCUGUUCACGCAGUUCCGAUGGCGAUUUCGGAGGGAAGACACAUUUUAUGGUUUGCAGCACGUGCAAAUCAAAAUUGGAUUUCAGUGUACACUAUUGUUCGCAAAAAUGCCAAAAGGUAGACUGGCCUGACCACAAGCCGAAUUGUGGCAAGAAAAAAGUCAUAAAAGUACAUGAAGGGACUUCAGCUGAUGACAACUUGCGGGACUGUUCCCCAGAGGUAGCAGCGCUCUUGAAAGAUGUUCCUAUUGAUCCAAGUGGCACGUUCAACAUCUCAUCCAUCGGUUCUGGCGAGCCUCGAUAUCAACGCUCUUCUGCUUUGCAAUAUCAAGUGUCGCUAAUCGACGCGGACAAGGAGGUAGAGUACGUACUGUUCACUCCAUCUGGAUUCCCAAUACGCUUCUUCAUUAACAACCGCGAUGACUAUGAAACAUGGACGAGGAUCAAUUUUCGCAUUGUACGCAAGAUGGCGAUGUCGAGUGCUCGUCAGGAUGGUCUCGCACCAAUGGCUGAGCACUUGAUUAAACAUGCGGAAAAUUUACCUGGACUGAGUCGGGACAUUAUCAUGAGGCAAUUAUGCGCAGAGUACGGCGCGGAGACGGAAACCAAAGUGUCUAAGCUUGAGAAGCAGAGCGCUCUGACAGGACACGGUCUCACUCUCGUAGAAUCUAUGAGCAGGCUAUCGACCAAAGUGGGUCCGCGAUUAGCAGAAAAGAGGUCAAAGAACAAAUAAGAAUAAAAGCUAUCGUUUAUCCAUCUCAGCAUGUAUUAGAAGUGCUGAUUCGAAGCCUUCUUAUACUUAUCGCGCUGGUCCCACUUGUCAGCUAUCUUGCCAGCAAAUUCGACUCCUCCAAUGUUAUCUUAUUAUUUUGCUAUCUGUAUUUAUCUCGAUUAGCCACUGCAUUUCCUCAGUUGUACUGUCACUUUUGUAUCAAAUCGGACUUGCUAUCCACGUAUGCUGCAAAAAAAUACGAAUAAUCGCGAA